AUGACCAUUGAUAAAUACUAUCCCCCGGAUUUUGAUCCUUCCAAAAUACCUCGGAUGAAAUUGCCUAAAAACAGACAGUACACUGUUCGUUUGAUGGCACCUUUUAACAUGAGAUGCAAGACCUGCGGAGAGUAUAUCUACAAAGGGAAAAAGUUCAAUGCCCGCAAAGAGGAUGUUGAAGGGGAGGACUACUUUGGGAUCCGGAUCUACAGAUUCUAUAUCAAAUGCACACGAUGUCUCCAGGAAAUAUCUUUUAAAACUGAUCCAAAAAACACAGACUAUGAAAUAGAAGCUGGCGCUACACGUAACUUCAUGGCUCUUAAACUAGCCGAAGAACAAGCUCUCAAAGAGAAGGAUGAGCGGAAAGAAGAAGAAGAAGCUAACAACCCAAUGAAGCUUCUGGAGAACAGAACACAGCAAUCGAAACAAGAGCUGGAACUGCUGGAGUCUCUAGAGGACUUGAAGGAUUUGAAUAGAAGACAGCGUAGCAUAGAUUAUGAUUCUAUGCUUAGUCAGUACGAUACGAAGGAGGCAAGAGAGAAAAUACUGAAAAUGCAAGAGAGAACAAGAUGA